CAAAAGACCCUACUCGCACACCACGAACCCCUCCGUUCGUCUGCGCCUCUCGUCUUCUUAUCUGCUCCCGGCGCGAUGCUCAAACCCAAGCUGCUGAAAACCUGCGAUAAUUGCAAGCUGCGUAAAGUGCGCUGCACUGGAUCACGUCAACCGAGUUCAAUGCCAUGCGGCAUUUGCUUGAAACGCGGCGUAACUUGCAGCUUCAGUGAGAAUAAGAGGAGGACGAAGGCGACCGCUGAGCCUCUCGAUGAAGCGCAUACUGCAAUAUGGCCAUUGGAAAAGGCCUCAACGGACGGAUCUCCCCAAGGGGUUGUUGUUGACAGACGGCCUCUCGAUCGUCCAGAACAGCCGCAAACCCAGUCACAAUCCGCAUGUUUCAAUGAUGCGGGCGAGUGGGUGGAAACGCCAGUGGCUCCGUCGCGAGCUGGUCCGAAUAGGAUCUACAUGGACGAGAUGCUUAAAGGCCGUGGCAUCGAAGGCAAGGAAUUUCAUGCGAGCCUUUUCCCCAAGUCCGAAAAGCAAAAGAUUUCCAGCUCCAGCCUCUCUCUUUUCUCCGACAGUGACAUCCGCUCGAUAUCCGAGAAGCUGAGAAAUGCCCCUUUCGGUGCCUUGAUCGAAUCCUUCUCAGAUUCGAUGAACAAGCGGCUGCACCGACAAGCAAACAAAGUGUAUCCCGAAGUCAGCUUCCGCCCGCCACCGUACCCGAUAAAGCUGUCACCGGAACAGAAGGCCGAACAUAUUCGCUGUUACUUUGAUCACAUCCAUCCACUCUUUCCUUUUUUGAUGAAAGCAGAGUUUGAACAGCAAGUCCUCGAUCACCACAGUGAAGAAGCACUCUCGAAGAACACGCCUCUUUUUGCUCUGUACAACGCCAUGCUGACAAUUGGCAGCCAACUCAACGGGCAUGGUUCGUUCGAACCUGGAGAAGGGGCGUCGUGGCAAUUCUUCCAGCUAUCCUUAAGCCGCCUCGGAGAGCUAAUAGCCUCCCGACCUGGCGUACUAAGUGUGCAGGCAUUACUCGCAAUGUUCCUCUUUGCCAUGACAUACUGUGGGGGCCAGAUUGCCGAAAUGCUACUAUCAGAAGCGGCAAGAAUGACACAAUUCUGUCGUCUCAAUAAAGGCUCCAAAACAAUAACAGAUGGUGCCCAUCAACGUACAUUUUGGGUGAUCUACUCAAUUGAAAAGCUUUCAGCAUCCUGUCAAGGCAGGCCCUCGGUGAUCCCUGACGAAGACAUUGGCUGCCACAUUCCAUUCAUCCCCGAAGCCAUCUUUGGAGACUUUAACUGGUUCUUGAGCUCCGUGCGAUUCGGCAGACUGCUUUCCAAAGCGCAGAGCGCCCUUUUUUCCGUUAGUGCCACCACGAAACCGUUAGUGGAGUAUCAACAAGACCUACAAUUAAUCAGACACGAGCUGGAAACUUGGAGGCUUUCCAUUCCGCCACCAUUUCGACCUGGAGAGCGGUUUGCUAGGGCUAGGCUAGGGAGCUCGGCCUCGAUAAUGGCUGCUCUGAGGACCCAUCUCGUUUACCAUGACUUUGUCAUGGUGCUAUGUCGACUUAGUCUGCAGAUUGGCGAACCUGAAUCUGGUCGAGGCCCCCUCAAUGCCCGAGAGACUUUCAUGAGAUCUACUCGCCGCGUGAUUGAAUUGAUAGGUCAUCUUGAGAUAGAACCCUACACUCCUUCCGUGCUUUUGACGGUGAUCCCACUGUCCGCCUUCCUCAGCCUAUUUCAUCUGGUAAUCGACAACCCGAGGCACGUCGAAACGAGAGAUAAUCUGAACUUCCUCGAUAUCGCUGCCGGAUUUUUUCGCCGUCUUGAAUAUGUGACCAACCAAGAGUUCCCUUUCUCUGUUUUCCCGAAACUCGCGUCGAUCGUCCAGAACUAUGUGCAGACCCUGUUACCCAUGGAAGAGACGGCCACUCCGCUUGUGCAAUCUCUGAUGUCGUCUCUGCCCGAAAACGAUCCUCCAUCCGAGGUCGAGCUGGAUAUAAGCGGUUCCUCCAAUAUGGUUAUUCCUAAGGGAACCAUGGGGGUAUAUCAGGCGCCAAGCGAUUCGUGCGAGACAAUUUAUAUGAUGAACGAAGGUAGCGCUAUGGAGACCAUGCGUUUUGAAGUGGACGGAACCGCACUCGACCCGGAUGGUGUGCACGGAGUGCCAGACAACGAAGUUAUGGAUUUCUUUGGCAACCUGUUGGAUGGACCAUUCUGGUUGUAUGGCAAUGAACCAAACUGGCAAUAGCAAAGUCUCAAUUCUUGCGAGAGGGUCAUCUUUUCUUCCAUCUGUCGAUCGCGUCGGUCGAUCAAAGUCUGUUGUACUUGGUACUGAACGAGGACCACUUACGAUUGCUGACAUGGAUUCAAGCGGUAGUGGGCGGGACAGGCAGCCUUUCAAACACUGAAAUUUUGACACCCUCCUUUCCAGAUAGAUGUAAAAUCCGCAAUAGGAGGCUAAAACAGUAUCGUA